UGUUUGUGCACCUUUGGCACUCUGCGGGCAGGCAGAGAGGAGUUUCCACACUCCCCUGGGGUCUCUGCUCGCUGCCCACCAUGGCUGGCUCGGAUGAGGUUCCCUGGCUGGGAACCUGGAGACUUGAGAUGUGUAACAGGAUGUGAAUGUGGGAAAAGCCUGAGCAAAAUGCCACCAAAGCUCAUCUGCCUCUUCCUCUGCGCUCUGAGUGCACCAAAGCUCUCAGGUAAAUGACUGAACAUCUUCACUGAGUUGAGCCAGAAGACAGAAAUGUUGAGGAGAUGUGUUGUUGCCAGCACCUCAGAGUAUCUCCAUUCUUUCAACCAACAUGAAACACUUCUUAACUUGGAGUCCUGUGAUCGUCCAGGGAGCAACUGUGAGAUACUCAGUUGAGUUUCAGGGGGAAUACGAACGGGAAUACGCCAACGGGAGCUGGAUCCCCAUCUCGGAAUGCUUCCUCACCACAGCCACAGUGUGCAACAUCACAGAGGACAUCUCAGCCACCGUGGCCUACAGGCUGCGGGUCAGGGCAGAGCUUGGUGCCACAAGGUCACGGUGGGGCACCAUGAAAGGCUUCUUCAACCGCGUCACGACUUCCCUGACCCCACCUCUGCUGAGGGUCCUGGCAGAUGGGUACCAUUUACUGGUGGAGCUGGCAGACAUGGGACCGGCCUUCCAGUUCCGGGUGCUCUACUGGAAGAAGGGCCACGAGAGCAGGGUGCAGCAGAAGGUGAUGAAAGAGGUGAACUCCAUGGUUCACCUGGACACCAUGGAGGCGGGAGCUGAGUAUUGUGUGAAAGCUCAGACCCACGUCGAGGCCAUCAACAGGAGCAGCAGCUUCAGCCCGACACACUGUGUGAGGGCUCAGCGUGACACAUCCAUGUGGCUGGUUACUGCCCUCACCUCCUCUGCUGGCUUUGCUGUGGCAGCUUUAACCCUGCCUUUCCUUACCUGGAAAAUAAGCAAAAUCUUUCAAUAUUCCUGCUGCCCCGUUGCUGUCCUGCCAGACACACUGAAAGAAUCAGAGCCCCCCACCCAGCUGAUCCUGCAUGGCAGUGAAGAAGCUGAGAAAUGUGACCUGAUGGUGGUUGUGAUGCCCUCAGAAGAAGUUCUCCAGCUGUGGAUUCAAAAAACACUUUAGAGCACCCCAGAAAACAAACAGCCCCUUUGCAGCAUCUUCAUCCAUCUACAUCAAAAGCAAGUAAAGGUGACAGCUGCCAUUUCCUGUCCUUCCCCUUCAUAUCCCCAGGAGCAGACAUGAGGUGACCCACGCUCCCUUUCUUAGCCACAUCGGUGCUCCCAAGGCAGAGCUCAUCCUUCAGCUACCAGGAUGUCACCAGAGCAACACGUGGAGAGCCCAGUCCCUUAGUUCCAAAUCAUUUCAGCCUCAGUGCUUUUACCUCUGAGCUUUUUACGUGGCUAAACCAGCUGGAAUGACCAGGGGGGAAAAUGCAAACCCUGAAGUGAAAAGGGUGUUGGCAGUGAGUGGAUGUAGCACCCUAACCUGUGCAUGUGACAGGUCACAAUGCUGCUGCCACCAAAACUUGCAGACAACACCAUGAGGGAUGCCUGGCUUUCACCAGUGCUUUGGAAGGAGUGAUGUGGGAAACAGUCAGAUUUCCAAGGUGGUUGGAGGGAGCACUGGGAACCUCCUGGGGAGCAGAGCUUUGCAAGACCAGCAGCAUCACUGACAAUGAAUUGCUCCAAUAUCACCUAGUCAGGGUGUCAAAAAUGCAAAAGCUGCUUAGACAUGAAGGAAAAACCAGGACUGUCAGGGAGAAAAAAAUUAGGGGUGAAUUAUUUAAAUGAGAGACGAUUGGAGUGGAGAAAGAUUGGGAAAAGACAGAGAAAGGUAGGCUCCAGAAAUAGCAAAUGAAAUGGGAAAAGAGAAAAAAAGGUGUGAAUCGUGGUCAGGACGGUCCAGGGUGCCUGCUGGGCAUCCCGGUGGUUCAACACCACGCCUGAAGCAGGACAGUGAUUAUUUCACAUGAGGCAGAUAUGUUGCUGUGGUCAGGAGGACCGGAGUGAGGGGCAAAUGCAGUGCUUAUCUGGGCAAACAGAGGAAUAUCAGGCUGUAUGGAUCAAGCAUCACAGCAUUACCAUUUAGUGACCGUUCCGGGCCUGACAACAUCAUUAUCCUCCAGGUAUCUGUCCUGUUAAGGAAGGAAAUUGCAAAAGACAAGAGAAAUUCCUUCUAAAUACAAAUAAAUUACAGGUGUUGUGUACAAUGCAAUUAUAGCUGUCACAUUGGAAAAAAGUAAUUUUUCACCUGUUAAGCAGAGACUUGUGUCAGCAGGGCAUGAAAAGACAUUGAUCUGGGAAGCUUUUUUUUUUCAAAAGCUCUCAGUGGUUUUAAUGAAAUGUAAGACAUCUCAAAGAAUGUACCUUUUCCAGUUUCAUUCUUGCAACCUCAUGUGAGGCCAUCAGGUGGCAACAAAGCACCGUGGAAAAGCAGAAGUGACUCGAGUCUCAGUACCUGUGUCCUGUCGAGGCAAUGAGCUCCCUGGGUCCUGGCCAGCACCUCAUUUUCGUGUUGCAGCCCACUUGCCCGGUUUAUUCCUGUCUCAUUAGCUUCUGUCUGGACAAUACUGAAGUGCAGUGCUUUGGUGUUGAAUUGUAAGAUUGAUUUUUUUGAAUACUGGGCAAAUUACAAGGUGAGAAAAUCUAUGCAGGUCUGGGCAUUGAAGAAUCACUGUUCAUUACCGGUUUGUUGAUAAUUGGGAAAUGCCUGGUUACAAGCACCCAUGGGAUGCUGGGCCCAGAGGUUAUUUGGAAGCAAAGAGGAAAAGGGCAUCUUCAUGGGCUGAUAUGCCAAGUGCCCAGCCCAUCUCAUCCUCCCUAAACCAAGCUGGAGCAGCAGUGGGAGGCAACCAGUGAGUGAUUCUGGCAGCAGCUAGUGAACUGCCAUGAGUUUGGGGAGGACAGACAGCACAGAACUUCAGCUCCUGCCAGGCUAUGGGGCUCUUUGUCAAACAUCCCCUUACACAGCUUUGCCCAGUGCUUGAAUUUUCAAGAGCAGCUCCACAUCACAGAAGCCUUGGUAGUGAGGCUGGUUGAGGCAGCUCCUGUGCCUCACACUUACCCUUCUUUUAUACCCCAUUGAUUCAGAUGAGUUCAGUGUCUUCAUUUCUAGACACCCCACAGGGGUGUCCCCAUGCAGGAAAUCAUCCCCUUGCUUGUCCAUGCCGUAGGUCCAAGAAGCCUCAGCAACUCCUCCUAUCUCUUCCUCCUGACACUGCUGCACUAUCAGAAUCACAGAAUCAGAAUAUUCUGAGUUGGAAGGGAACCAAAAGGACCAACAAGUCCAACUCUUAGGUGAAUGGCCCAUUUGGGGAUCAAACCCACAAUCCUGGAAUUAUUAGCACCAUCCUCUAACCAGCUAUGGCAGUACCAGCAAUUGUUCAGGGGUAUAUAUAGAAAAGAAAGGAAAUAAAAGGCCAUUGAAUAUGAAGGGCUUUAAAAAAAUAUUUUAAUGCAUACUUUCCAGCUGCACAUUAAGCAUAGAGCAUAUGUUUCUUUCUCACUUGCAAUAACAGAUUUUAUGUCCUUCCUCAUUGCCAAUAAAGCAGUUAAACUGUUGUAGAAAACUGCACAGACAACAUUAAACAAAAGAAACACCCAAGAAAACGUCCUUACAAUGGGGACAUGGGAGGGAAUUGUGCAAGUACCAGUGCCACCUUAGCAGACUGUUCUCAGUUUACAUCAGGAUAUUCCAGUUUAUGGCAGUUUGAAGCCAAAUUUGGGAUGGUGAUUGAAAAUCCAUGUUAGCUCUCUUAUUUUGAAGUAUGUACUGCAUUUUGCUAAGCCUGAAAAUCAAGGCAGAGAACAAGAGCAACCAACUCCCCUGCCCGCCAUGUACACAGGAGCAGGGUGACACUGGCGUAGACAGCUGCCAUCAGGGACUCCUUAAUCCAUUUCUCUGCCAUCCAAGAGAUAAUUUUGGCAGGGCAGCCACUGCCUUUGAUUUUGCUCCCACCACCAUAACACCACCCUGCAAAGAAGGCCCAGAGCAGUCCCCACAGCGAAGGAUCUGUGCGGGUGAGCUUUGCUCUGCUCCUUUCCCUUCAUGAGGUACUAAGUGGCCCCAUUUCUUUCAAAAUAAACUUUUCUACUUUUCUCAAAAAAUGUUGCAUGGAAAUAAAGCACAAACCUGAAUUGC